UUCGGUUACCUAUUGAGAUUACUGGUUUUUAAAUUUUACCGCGCUUUUUAGUUACUGAGAGAGCAACAUGCGCAGCAGUUUUAAACGUCUAGAAUAUUCUAACCUUAUCUUGUGACGAAGAACGUGGAAAAAUUGAACAGAUUUUUAUAAUUUUUUUAAAUGGUUGGAGAUUAAUAAUAAUUUGUAUGACAAACAAUUAUUUUUUUGACAUAUUUUUAUUUUUGACUGGUUAUAGUGAUUUUUACUUUUUUUUAACUGUUUAAAAACAUUUUUUUAUAAUGACGGAAGUUAAAAAAGAGAUUGAAGAAUUAAAACAACCAAUUUUUCAAAGUCUAAGUGCUGAUAAUCCAGAAACAACAACAAUUGAAAGCUUGUGUGUCAAUUGUGGUAAAAAUGGCGAAACUCGACUAUUGUUGACUAAAAUUCCUCAUUACAAAGAAAUUGUUUUGAUGUCAUUUAGCUGCGAUCAUUGUGGUUUUGAGAACAAUGAAAUACAAAAUCCAGGAAAAAUAAAUGAUAAAGGGAUUAAAAUAAAACUAACAGUAUCAACGAAUAAAGAUUUAAACCGGCAAGUUGUUAAGUCGGACUAUACGAGUAUUAAAAUUCCUAAACUGGAUUUUGAAAUUCCAUCUCAAUCUCAAAAAGGCGAGAUAACAACGAUAGAAGGAAUAAUUGAUAGGAGUAUAGAGGGUUUGGAGCAGGAUCAGCCAAAGAGACGUGAAGAAAAUCCUCAAACAGCUAUUGAUAUUGAUCUAUUUAUUGCCAAAUUACGUGGACUUAAAGUCCUCGACGAACCAUUUGAAAUAAUCUUUGAAGACAUCUCAGGAGAGACUCACGUAGAAAACCCGAACGCCCCACAUCCUGAUAAAGAUUGUAAAAUUUCUCAUUUCGUUCGAUCAGAAGCGCAAGAUAAAUUAUUAGGAAUUUAUGCUGAGUACAAUAGUGAGCUACUGAAACCUGCCGAUAAAGAUGAAUUUACUUAUGAGGAUAUGCAGAGUGAAGUUUUGCAGUUUCCUACUAAUUGUCCUGACUGUAACUGUCCCUGCAGUACAAAUAUGAAAUUAACUAAAAUACCGCACUUCAAGGAAGUCGUGAUAAUGGCGACGAAUUGCGAAUCAUGUGGCCACAGGACUAAUGAAGUUAAAAGUGGAAGUGGAAUUGAACCCGAAGGCGUGAAAAUAGAAGUCUUAGUAAGAGGUAAAGAUGAUUUUAGUCGUGAUGUUUUGAAAUCAGAUACCUGUUCGAUGGAGAUACCGGAACUUGAGCUAGAAGUCGGUCCAGCUGCGUUGGGAGGACGUUUUACUACGGUCGAGGGAGUUUUGACUGCGACUAAAGAACAACUGACAUCUGGCUCGGCGUUUGGAGAUAGUAAAGAUGAGGAGGCUAUCAAACGAAUGAAUGAUUUUAUUGUUGAGUUAGAUAAGGUGUUGAAUGGUGAGCGCAAGGUUACUAUUAUUUUUGAUGAUCCUGCGGGUAAUAGUUACGUUCAGAGUCUUGCUGAUGUUGGUUGUGACGAGGGACUGAAAGUUGAGAAAUAUAUCAGGAGUGAAGAACAAAAUGAUGAGCUUGGAUUGAGUGACAUGAAAGUUGAGAAUUAUUGACACUUUUAUUGAACUUAAUUACUAUUUUAUUUGGGUGAUUAAUUUUUAACAUCACGCAUGUACUUUACACUAUGAUGAGUCAGUUAAGAUCUUCGUG